UUUGGGUUUAGGUUGCCAGCUUAACUAAAUCGGAAUGCUUUUCAGCCCCUAUUGAAAUUUGGUUUUUAUUUCGCAAACUGCUUGUGCUGUAUAAUAUGGGAUUGCCUUUGUAUUUCUUUGCAUAUGCUUGUAUAGCACGGAAAAGAGGAACGACUGAAAUGAAUAAUUACUGUACAGCGAGCGUCUACGCUCCCCGAUUAGCUGAGAUGAUGUCAUCAUUGGUUGAGCACGUGGUUGAGCUAAAUGUCAAAAUUCAGAAUCGUUGUAUCUGCCGGGUUCAGAAAGUGUUUGUGUACAGUUUGUCACAUUCUUGUUCUUCUGUGGUUCAGGUAAUCAUACACUUAAGCAAGUAAUGUGUGGUAGUGACAGAAGACAGCAGUGGGAGUGAUGUGACUCAUAUUAUUAUGCGCAAAGUUGUGCAACCGGGAAUGGUGGGGACACGAGAAGAAUAUAAGAGAGAGUGCCUCUCGGAUCUGUUGAUUCCUACGACGUGUAGCUGCGGUGAGGUGGGCGUGACAGGAUAUAAGUGCCUGCAAGUACCUCUGGCAGGAUUCCGUAUGACAACUCCUUCCCCAGAACCUUCCAGCUCUGGGAGGUCUGAAGGCAGACGAGACAGUGAAAUGGCUUCAGAACCAGAGCACUGUGGUGAAUGCUGCGCGGUUGGUGAAGACAACGAUGUGUGUCGGAGCAGUGCGGCACCUGAAGUUCCUCCACCCACUGUGACUACUGCUUCACAAAAUGCCGAUUGGUUUGGUGUCAAUUUGUGUUUCUGGGACGAAGAUGAGUACACGAGGCACGACACAGACUCAUGGCGUGGGAGCAUCGACAACUUGUCCGACGGAAUUUUGACAGAUAUCUUCCCGGACAUGGCAUUCGGUGAGGGGCAACCGGAAAUUGCUGACAGCACACUGCACGACACUUACUCCUGGCGUGUGAAAAUCGACGACUUGCCCGAUGAGGUUUUAUUAAAGAUCUUCUCGUACGUGUCGUUCGGUGAGCUGGUAGAUGUGGUACCGAAAGUGUGCCUGCGCUGGAGAACGCUGUCACAAGAUUUGGAGUUGUGGGCUGACAAGGAAUACGAAAUCAGGUGCUACUGCGGUUACGACACUGACACCUGUAAGGGCGGCAAGACCGACGAAGGGGCGAUACAGACUUUCUGCGAUGCCCCGAACCUCAGCAAAGUACGCAUGUUGCGUCCCGUGAGGUCCCGUGUCUUCCGCGCACUCUACAGCAGGUGCCACAGACUGUCUGAGCUGCACAUGGAUACCAACCAGCAGCUCAGCUAUUCGGUUCUGAAGAACUUGGUCGAGAAGUGCUCCAGGAUACACACGCUGACCGUGUCCGAUCGAAUACUGCAGUCCAAGGAACAUUCGGAGGCAGUGUCACGUCUAGAGCACCUCCGCGUACUGUUUCUGGAUGUACGCUAUGUGAGGAGCACUCCUGUGCUGCGACCUUUGGGUGACGGGUGCCCGAGGCUAGCCGAGGUUGACUUUGGACUCGCAACUAUCUGUACGGACGACCUGAGCCACUUUCUCAAUGGCAAGAGGAACACACUCAAGUCUCUACGGAUAAAGUGGACGAUGGAUGGAAGAAGAUGUGUCCUGCCAUUGCUGACAGUCUGCGCCAACUGCUUGGAACGGCUGCAACUUUAUGAUUUUGACGUAGUCCGCGACGAGGCGAGCGAGGCAUUUACUGCACUGGGAAGCCUGAAGAACUUGCGGGAACUUAAGAUGCAGAUCAGCGAGCCUCUACCACCUGGCAUAGGUCAUCUGGCAUUUAAGACUGGUCUACCAAAAUUGACGCUGCUGGAUCUAGAAUUUGGAUCCUGCGUGGACGACAACACAGUACUUGCCAUCAGCCGUGGGUGCCCUGUUUUAAGGGAACUCAAUCUCAAAGGAGCUGAUCGACUGUCUGAUGCAGCCUUCUCUCAGAUCUACCGCCUUAAACAUCUUGAAAUACUGAAUGUGUCAGCUUGCAGAGGUCUCGGCGGAUCUCUGAUUCCCUACCUCGCCAGACUACCACAACUUCACACGUUGAUGAUGGAAGAAUUUGAGUUUCCAGAGCUGCAGCCAGGUCUGAACAGUAUCCUCGAACUAUCUGGUGUCCGCAGCCUGACACUCGACAAUUCCCUUAUUACUGGAGUGCCAUUUGAUAGGUUUCCGGGAAAGCUUGUCAGCCUCAGGUUGUUGAGUGUCCAGUGGUGCAGAGGCGACCCUACGGCCACAGACGGGCUGGUCGAGCAGAUGCCCGGACUCGAACUCCGCGGCUGCAUCGAAGUGGAGGAACCGGCUGCAGAUGACGAGGAUCACGAGAGUGAUGCGGAAGGUGCGGAGGAAGAAAAUGGAGAGAAUGCGGAGCUUGACGAUGCGGACUGAAGUGUGGGAUGACAGUUCAGGGAGUGGUGAGGAGCGAUGGCCAUAGUAACAGUGAUACUGAGAGUGAUAAUACUUUUCGAAGUGAUAGCAGUAUAGCUAUUAUCUUCCUAGGGGACGUAUGAAAGUGACGUGUCCACCUCCGUAGCAGAGUGGUCGGCAUCACCCAAUGCUGUGCUAGGGGUCCGGGUUUGAUUCCUGGUCGCUUUGGAAAUUUUCUACGAUCGGGGACUGGGUGUCACACCACCUUCAUCGUUGCCAACAGGCGAGUUGCCAAAGUGGUGUAAAAUAAAAAGAUCUGCACACGACAGACGAAAUUGAUGAAAGGGCACACUCUGCCAAAAUAUUCUGUACGCACAGUUCAUUUCCUAAAAGUGAUUUGAUGUUUAUAGGGAAUAAUGAUUCGCAAUAUUGGUUGCAUCUAAGCUGUAACUGUGUAACUGGGCCAAAAUUUCAUACUUCACAGAAGUAGUUAUUGGCCCUUGCUUUAGGGAGAUCUACCAAAUGCUGUCUAAUGCUGUGAAACCAAAGAUAGAUAUUUAUUUAUGUAACAUUGUUUAUUUGUUGGAUUUUCUGUAUUACCAUGUUAACAGGGGCAGGAAGUAUUUUGAAGUAAGGUAAUUGCAGAUCAUUUUGAAAAUGUGUUGGUGGAGCCAAACCAUGUAUAAUAAUAUUAUUUGAAUUCCUGUUGUGAAGGCAAUGGAUCUGCAAUGCCCAUUUGUAAAUUCUGAUGAGCUAGCAAUUCUUCACCCUUUUGCUGCUGUGGGUGUGUAUAAAAGUCAUGCUGUGCUGUUUCCGAGGUGUUGUGGACGUGCAUGCGUGCACUGCUAGGAUUUUUUUUACAGUGCUACAGAUAUCGGAAUGUGUCUUGAGCCACUUAUAUAUAAAAUAGUUUGGAGUAUUUAUCAUACAACAUAACAUAUGUGGCAUGAAUGAGCACAUUGUGCGUGACUGUCCUCUAAAUAUAACUCGAGAAUGCAAUGAGAUAGUCUUCUGUUGUCAAUUUUAAAUACAUUUAACUUAGUGCAAUGUAUGAGGUAAAAUCAAACAUGCUAAGUUUAUGCAGUGCAUUUCUAGCUCAAUGUUUUGCUUAAAAGCCUGCAAGUCCCCACAGAUGGAACUGGGUGCAUUGUGCUGGACUCUCCAUCGGUCAGAUAUAAAACCCAAUAACUUGUGGAUGAGAUAUCUUUCUGCUCUCAAAUUUCAAUAUCUUAUGUACAAUUUGUGCACUGCAACUCGUAUAUCACAAACUUUACGCAAUGCAUUUUUACUUCUGCAAAGUUUUUAAAAUUUUGUGCAAUGUUUUACUUAAUUAGAUGCAGUGCAGUAAGUAUGAUGGAUAAUACAAAUAAAUUCAGCUGUUUUUUGAGUGAAGGUAUCAGACUGUACGAUAUACAAAAAUCAAAAGUUUUCACCUAAUAGUUUUCAAAACAUUGCAUAGUAAGUAUUUUAAUGUUGCCCCUUAGAACAGGCACAAGAAUUUGACGAGCAAUACAGCUGUAACAAAAGCUGCCUCUGCAGGGAAUGCAAAGAGUAUGACUGUAGCAACAAAAGGGUUAAGUAGCAGUGACUGAAUUAGUGUGUACGUACAGUGGGGAGCAACUGUAAACACUUUGUGUUAUUUGCUGUCAAGAAAUACUGCCUUACUACAGGGUUUCAUUGUCAGCAUCAUGUUUUGUCGUAUGCUUUUUAUGAUCUCCCAGUUUCUUCUAUUUUAUAUGUAAAGUGCCAGUGCUAAACAAGAAAAUUCUAGUGAAAUGUGGAUGCAGAUGUCACACUACUGUUGUACACAUGAAAUGGAUGAGAAAAUUCUAUCAUUGGUGGUGCUCUAACUGAAUGGAAUAUGUAUUUGUAAGGAAAAACACAUCUGGGUAGUUGCAGAUGCAGUAUUAGUAUUAACCCUUAACUCGUGAGCUGCAUGCUUUCAGACCACUUGCAAAUUUUUGAACGAGCUCUCCGAGGUCAGUUCUGGUGGACUGUGUCUACAGUGUGUUCUGAUCAGUCACUCCCUAUUUUAAACAUCUUUUUUUCUUUAUUUAUGAACCAAUUUCCUUAUAACUACUUUUGUUAGAGUACUGAAUGUCAAUUUUGCAGAUGUUCAUUUAUACCUAUGGAGUGAAAUUUUCUGUGCAGAUUUAAACCCUGGAAUUUACUUUUAUGUGAAAAUGUACUCGAUAGAGAGAUAAUGUAAUUUUUCAGUACAUCAAAUUCAGUGCUCUAACAGUUUGUGUACCGUUUUAAAAAAUGCACAAAGGUAUGUGGUUUUGUAUGAUAAAAAGUAAAAUACUGUAGACAUUCUUUAGUGCAAUGCAAUCAACAAGGAGUAUUUGAACAACACUCAAAUAAAUCUUAGGUUAAACUAUGGCGUCCCAGAGAACCCACCUUGUAGUAUACGUUAUAGAAAAGUCACCUCGUGAGUUAGGGAUUAAUUUUAACAAUCACCGUAGCAGCAGCUGCUGACACACACAUUGAAAAUUUGAUUUUUUUUUUUAUGGGCAUAUUAGAACACUGAAGUGCUUACAUGAUUUAAUAUGUUUGUCAUUGACCUCUUCAAUUCAGUCAGAGUUAUGUUUCAUUAAUUGCAUUUGGAAAAUGCUUUUUAGAAGUGUGUGUACUAUUCUGCUGUAGAACACAUCACAAUGCAUGCCCGACUUGUGCACUCUCUUCUCAGUUGUGGUCAGUACUUAAUAAUUUGAUGUGUUUGGUUAUGAGUAAAUCACAUUAAGAUUGUAAACUGAAGCUGGUGCUAGACAUCACACCGAAUUUUCCUGGAUAUCCAAUCUCUUAAAGCAGUUUCUUGUAACUUCUGUGUAUUUUGAUCAGUGAACAUGUAAUUAUUACUUCUCUGAUAGUAUGGCACCAUAUUUGUCACAGUUCUGUCAGUUUAAAAGAAAGGGAAAACAAUAGCCACAGUAGUGAGUGCAAUGUGUCUUGUAUCCCCUUCGUCUGGAAUUGAGGUUAUUUGUAUUCAGUUGGCUGGUGUUGCCCUAGCAUUCACUGUCACGCCAAAAUACUGUCAGUCCGGCAAAAGAUAAAGUUGUUAUUUAAAAAACAAAAUUUAGUCAUUAGCUGUAAAAUGUCUUACUUUCUUGCAGUGUGUGCUGAUGUUUGUACAUUUUAUUUAUUUACUUAUUUAUAGCAAAUUACUUGUUAUGUAUUGCCUACUGCACAAGUUUUAAGCUGUUUAUGACAGUUACGUAGGUUCCUGUUACUUCUCUCUGUUGGUUGUAACUUGUGAUGUUAACCUCAGUGUUAUAACUGAAGCUUUAUAUUGGCUGUGAUUGUUGUAAUAUUAAUGUGUUUAGCCAUUUUUCCAUAAAUGUUGCUCAUCGGGUAGCCUUCUUUUAUUGGAUCUUUAAGUGGAAUGAUAUUGAAAAGCCUGUCCAAAUGCAAGCCAGAAGGUUGCAAAUCUCCCACAGUUAGCGCUCCAAUGUAGUCCACAAACUAACCUCUGGUGCAGUGUCCUCUUCCCUCUCCUAUCAGCACAGCACCAAAAAACAAAAAAAAUCAGAAAUAGCACUUGUUACAUUUUUGUCAGUCAAAACAGAAGUCCUGACGUCUCAAUAUAAUGCUUUCCCAUCAUUAACAAUUCUGCGUUACAAUGUUUCUUGGAUUUUAAGUUUUAUUUGAUGUUAUUGUGACCUUUAACAUCGAUUUUCGUACAAAUCUCUGAAAAAAAUGCAUUUUAUUCCUGUUCAAAGUCAGCCUUGGAACGAAGAAGGAAAAACAUAGUAUAUACAGAAUUACUGAUAAUGUAAUUUAGUGUCAGUGUGAUAAGAGAUUUUCUCUGUAGGCGUGUUUGGUCGUGGGCCACCUAUAUUAUAUAUUUGCAGUGUUUGGGAGGGUGGGAAAGUAUUCCGAGUCACUGUCUUGAUGAUAAUCACUAUCUGAUGAUAGUGACUUUAGUAGCAAACUUUCUUCUGCUCAUUGUGUUGUAUUACAGCAGCAAUAAUUGAAUGUCACAAUCAUUGAUACACAUAAAUGCCACUUUUGAAGACGGCUAUCUCUAUAAUGGGCUUUCAUGAAUCGUUGUUACUUCUGGGUGGUAUACACUAAUCCGUACUAGGCACGCAGUUUUAGGAUGGUAGGACCUGAUGUCAGACGUGAAACUCUUCCACGAGAUGCUUCGUAACACGAUGACAAUUUACACCCUCUUUCUCACCCGAGGUGCCCUGAGCCAAGUGAUCUUGUUGGCAAAAAGCUAUAGAUUUCAUGCCUAUUGUUCUGUCUAUGAAGACUGCCAGCAAUAAUGUUUUAACCAAUUUUGUAUUUCAAUUUAUAUUUACAAUGGUUUUAUAACAAUUACCAAUAAAAAGUCUCACAUUAGAACAUAGAUCUCUUUGUAAUGUGGUUUUGCUAAAAACUUCUGCUUCUGACUUUUACUUACACCAUUGGACAUGUUUGGAACAAAUGAGGUGGUGUGUGUGUGUGUGUGUGUGUGUGUGUGUGUGUGUGUGUGUGUGUGUGU